AUGCUCUCUGCUAGGCACUCCGUCAGACAGCUGCGAGAACGUGCUCAGACUGAUCAUGUAAGGUGGACGAUCACGCAUGCGUACUUUGCCAAUAUGGGAGCGUUUGUGGUUGAGUUCGGCCCGGAGUUACAGCCGGAUCGAACGUACCAUAACGAGACGAGCAAGGGAACCCAAACAGAUCGUGACGCUGCUUCCACUCACGAAACCGGCUACCCACAAGACUCACCCAAUGAGCUUACACGGUCUUCGGGCUCGGAUCGAGACUCUAGACAUCGUCAGCCUGACAUAAGGGGGCCCAAUCAGUCUACCACGAAUCAUCAAGACCAUGGAAGCGGGCCGCCCAAAGAUUCUACAGAUAACGGCUCACCCGGCUCGGUGGCCGUGGUGGACACAAGUGUUGACGAAGAUAUGCUCCAUCUCGGCUCAGAAGGCAGCUCAGAAGCAAACAUUCACUUGCCUACCCCUGCCCAUCGCGAACACAGCACUUUGUCAGCCAGGGGAGCCUGGUGCUCACCAGAGCCCUUAGUCGACUGCUUCCGGAAACCGCUUCGACGUAUCCCCCGCCGCUACGGAAAGGAGAUAUGGGAGAGCGGCGCUAUUCAUCACGAGUUAGCCAGGCAGGCUCUAUCCGCACUGAGGGAUGUUAAUGGUGCUUCCAUACGCCUACGAGCACGUCAACGAAACAUUAUUGCUCUUCAAGGUAAACUAUGGGUACUUGACGCCGCCCAGCUUCGCUUAGCGCGAGAACGAGGCCUCAUUGGCAAGUUACCAGAUAUCCAUGAGCAGUUGCUAGAGGAAGGGAACAGAAGCGAUACCCUGCUCAAGCUUAUCACGAUUUGGCAAGUCGGUUGGAUGGCGAUCCAGCUUCUUGUGCGACUCUACAGGCGCCUGGCAACCUCUCAGCUCGAGAUCUUGACGUUCGCCUUCGCGGUCUGUUCCUUACUCACCUACUCCUUGUUCUGGAACAAGCCGCAGGACAUUCAGACAAGAGUGUCCAUUCAAGCAGCCAGACAACCAUGUGCCGAGGAUCUGCUUGAGCUCGCCGUGGUAGGACCUUCGACCUUCUUCCACUAUCGUACUGGCUAUUGCAUACCGAAUAAUGCCGUACAUCGAAUAAGGGGCACAAUCCCUGGGGAUCCACGAAGUAACCCGGACUCAGAGCAGAUCACCACAAAUGUUGAGAAGGCUGAUGAAAUUGACUCCUGGACGAGAGUCACUUUCAUAGUAUCCUCUGCCAUUGGCUCUGUCUUGUUCGGCAGCUUACAUUUCAUAGCGUGGAAGUUUGCGUUUCCUUCACCGACGGAACAAUUGCUUUGGAGAAUCUCAACUGCGGUGACAACUGGCCUGCCACUCGCAGGAGUUGCUGCUAAUGCAAUCUACGUCUUCUUUCACAAGCGGCAUCGGAUAACCUUUGAGAGGAACAGGCAAACAUCAGCAUACCAAACGCUCUAUUUGAAAAGGUUGUCUUGGCUCUUGUGGAUAUUGGCCACCCCUUAUUUCGUCGCAAGACUCUUUAUCCUCGUCGAGGUCUUCCGUUCGCUGUCCUACCUCCCGCCCGCUGCGUUUCGGACAACCUGGUCAGCAUCAGUACCUCAUGUUGGAUAA